CACAAAAUUCGUCAUUCAUUCAUUUUUCAUGAAUUGCGGAUAGCAUGUAAAUGAAUGCGAGAAAAUCACAUUUCUUAUGAUUAUUCUCUUAUUUCAAUUUAUAACGUUUUAAUUUUACGGUAACUGCAACGUAUCACGAUGGCUAGUAAUGAGGAAAUUACCGGUCCUAUUUCCCCGGAGGAUUUAGAGGCUGCGGAAAAACUGAAAAGUGAAGCGAAUGAGCUCUUCAAAAAGCAAAAUUACAAUGGUGCUAUCGAGUUGUACACAAAGGCGAUUGAGAAAAAUCCGAAGAGCGCGGUGUACUUCGGGAAUAGGAGCAUAUCGAAUCUUCGACUGGAGAACUUCGGCUAUGCCCUCACUGACGCCUCUAAGGCCAUUGAGCUGGACAAGGCAUACACAAAGGCCUAUUACAGAAGAGCGGCCGCUCAUAUGUCUUUAGGAAAGUACAAACUAGCUCUUAAGGAUUUUGAAUAUGUAACCAAAGUUAGGCCAAAUGAUCAAGAUGCGAAGAUGAAGUAUACUGAAUGCAACAAGAUUGUGAAAAAAAUUGCAUUUGAGAAAGCCAUCUCAGUUGACAAGAAGGAAGUUAACAUUGCCGACUCUAUCAACCUGGAUGCUAUGACCAUUGAAGAUGAGUAUGAGGGUCCAGCGCUUGAAGACGGGAAGGUGACCAUCAAAUUUGUGACUGAACUUAUGGAAUAUUACAAGCAACAGAAGAAGCUUCAUAAGAAAUAUGCUUACAAGAUCCUAAUUGACGUGAAAGCCUACCUGCAGAAGCAGCCGUCUCUGGUAGACAUCAAAGUAGGAGAUGAAAAUAAAUUCACAGUCUGUGGAGAUAUCCAUGGCCAAUUUUAUGACCUGAUGAACAUAUUCCAACUAAACGGACUGCCUUCGGAGGAAAACCCGUACCUCUUCAAUGGAGACUUCGUUGACCGAGGGUCUUUUAGUGUGGAAUGUAUUUUCACAUUAUUUAGUUUCAAAUUGUUGUAUCCCAACCACUUCUUCAUGUCCAGAGGAAACCACGAGACUCUGGACAUGAACCGUAUGUAUGGGUUCCGAGGGGAGGUCACAUCCAAGUACAACAACCAAAUGGCCGAUCUCUUCACUGAGGUGUACAAUUGGCUGCCGCUAGCUCACUGCAUCAACAAUAGGGUGCUGGUGAUGCACGGUGGAUUGUUCUCGAAGGAUGACGUCACUCUCGACGAUAUCCGGAAGGUGGAUAGGAAUAAACAGCCACCUGAAGAUGGUAUAAUGUGUGAGCUGCUAUGGUCGGACCCUCAGCCUAUGCUGGGUCGCGCCCCCUCCAAGCGUGGAGUGGGUUGUCAAUUCGGCCCCGACGUGACCAACACGUUCCUACAACGCAACGGGCUGGACUACGUCAUCCGCAGCCACGAGGUCAAGAAUCAGGGGUACGAAAUCGCCCAUGAUGGGAAGUGUAUCACCGUCUUCUCUGCGCCUAACUACUGUGAUACGAUGGGCAACCUCGGUGCUUUCAUCACCAUGAACGGCAAGGACCUUAAACCCAAUUUUACUACCUACGAGGCUGUGCCUCAUCCGGACGUGAAGCCAAUGGCGUACGCAAAUUCAUUCCUGAGCAUGCUCUGCCAAUGAUGUAACACUCCAGUUUCCCUUACUCUCUCGUGGUGGAACUCUGCAUGUUUCACAAUAACACAUAAACAACUGUUAAAACUAAAGAGACGGUCCAGGCGCGUCGCUUCGUCAAAAUUCGCUCCUCGGCGAUGAACGGAAGUAAACAAAAGCAUUAUUGUGGCUCAAAAAUGACUCUACGAAAACCGUACCGCGGGUGGCGGGACCUCAAAACCAUACCCAGUGGGGGCAGUCAUACCCAGUGGGGGCAGUCAUGCCCAGUGGGGGCAGUCAUACCCAGUGGGGGCAGUCAUACCCAGUGGGGGCAGUCAUACCCAGUGGGGGCAGUCAUACCCAGUGGGGGCAGUCAUACCCAGUGGGGGCAGUCAUACCCAGUGGGGGCCCUAGGGUGGUGCGAAGUGUGCCACACUGGGCGCUGAAAUGGGGGGGGGGGGGUUAAUCUGGCAAAAUCAAUUGGGUCACCCUACUUCCUCGGGUCAGAUUGCUGCCACAUAAAACUCAUACCGGCUUGUGAUAAACAACAUUUUUAAAAGAUUUAAAUAGGUAAAUUUCGGUGGCCGUAAACGUAUCGAAAGUGCAUUUCUUCGAGGCAAUGACGUCAUAAAUCGUUUCAAACAGACGUAUAAGGCCAAGGAUGAUAUGAAACUAAUCGAAAAAUUUUGUAUUUUAUGGGGCUGAGGGGUGCCACUAUGAAGGGUCGCACCACCUAAAUAUUUUGCUAGGGCCGUCACUGUUCAUACUCGGGAUUUAUUGCUGUCAUCAUCAUCAUCAGCCCAUUAAUGUCCCCACUGAAGGGGCACGGGCCUUCCCUAUGGAUGGAUAGGGAGAUCGGGCGUUAAACCACCACGCGGGCCCAGUGCGGAUUGGUGGUUAUUAGCUAAUGCAGCAUUUAUUGCUGUGCUCAUCACUAAUUAAUUAACUACUUAAGAGCCAUACUCUUGUCGGUCUCAAUACUACUUUUUAGGGAAAAAUAGGGCAGUGGUUUCUCCCUCCUGCCUUCCGCAGUACUCUGUCCGACGCGAGUGGGAUGGCGCCCAGACUAGUCUAUUUCAAAGGACUCCUGUCCUCCGCCUCUGAAUACAGACAGUUACUGCUCUCUGUCAGGUUGUAUGUUACAGUCCCAGUGACUUGCCCCUUCCUUAUUGCUGUGGUAUAAAGGUAUAAAUCGGCGCGUUUUUUGUCACUUAGCGGUAUGUCAACUUAAUUACGAAACGGCGUAAGUGGCUAAGCACAGAGAAAUAGCGACUUAAAAUGAAUAACAUUUGCGUGUUUUUUUCAUAUUAUUUUGCUACUGUGAUUGUGUUUUGUUUCGAGUGUUUUAGCGUCAAUAAUAAACUGUAGCGAGUAUGAAGAGACUGCUUCCAUGUUUAUUUCCGUUCAUCGCUCUUCGGUCAUUAAAGUGAAGGAUCAUUUUAUCACGCAUACACAAAAAAGUGAAUAUAUAUACUUCUCGUCAAAAAUAUCGAAUCAGUUUCGAUUUUUCCUCCAGCAAAAAACGAGUUUAAUUACAUUUUAAAAUUGAAUUUGGAACAUUAGAAUUAAAUAACUGAGGGUCUAAAAAGGCCACAUCUAAGCAAUUCAUCUAUAAAAGCAAUAUUGCAAUUUGACAUUUGCGCAUAUAAAAUUAAGUGCGCAAUGCAAACAAAUGUCAAAUAGCAAUAUUGCUUUCUUAGAUGAAUUGUUUCGAUGUGGCCAUUUUGCCCCUCAGUACUUACAAAAGCGAUUGUAUUCCAUCGAAGUGUCAAGUUGACUCGCGUGAGUAGAAUAGGUGAAUGUGCUAAUGAUUUGAGUCAUUCUCUUCUUUUGUCAUGUGCGUUGUGAGGUGGAUUACCAACCUCAUCAACCGUGGUGUCAGGGUUAUUGAGCCGCCAAAGGCCCCCAUUCGAGUCAUUUUUUAUCCACAAGAGUCGUGUAAAAAAUAUAAAUUGGGCAUUAUUAGACUAUGAAUGUGUGACGCGUGAUUUUAACUGGAAUAUUUCGUAAAUAGAUCGCAAUUUCGAAGAGGAUGUUGACGUGAAACAAGUAAGUAUCUUGUGAUACAUAAGUACAUACAUAAUGGACAUGUCUUAUGACAAUAUUAUAGAAAUGCAAAACUGUAUCUUUGAGGAAACGAGUCCUUUCAUGCGGAACCCUCACCGAUCUGUGGCCUUCUUUCCUCGAAUGUACCUACGUGUAGGCUAAAGCAAUGAAUGUGCGACUGCAUAGAUUCAUGUAAAUUAUACAUAUUUUAAGCUAUAGUAAUAUUGCCACUAGUGCUCAUGUCAAUAUUACAUCUCCAAGGGCCUUCAACGCUAUACUACGGAUAAUUUUAGGUUACUUUAUGAUUAUAUUUCGCGCCAAACAAACUGGGAUUUUAACAUGUAUAAUAUUAAAAAGGGUAUUUUUAUUACUUACAUACUUAUAGCCUUAGAUAAUUAGUCAAUUUUACUUAAGUAUAUAUUAUAAUAGUAAUAUGUAAGCUUCCAUUUUACUCGGAAAUCAACUCGUAAUAAUCUAAAGUAACUUCUUAAUGUUACACUAUUGUAUGUGCAGUUUUUUUGGCGCAGAAUACAAAUCCAUACCAACAUUGUGUCAAGCCAAAAUAUAUUCGAUUAUGUUGCCAUUGCGCCUAUGAAUUAUAUUUUUGUUUUAUUUUUUUGUUCUAGAACAAAUUUAUAUUUUUCCCACUGUCACAUCACCGUAUGAUGUCGUAGUUAUUUUAUUAAUAAUAAAUUAAAUUAAAAAAAAUACUGUAUAUAUUUGAUACAUUUAACCGAACAAUUCUUAUGAAAAGACGUAGGAUAUUGCAUUUAUGAACGCCUUUUUAUUUUAGUUACCACUUGUGGCGACCAUGCAUUUUAUGAUAGCUGAGAAAUAGCAUAAUUUAACUAAUGCAAUAAUUAUAACGAAUUAUAACGACCAAGUUUUGUGGGAUUUAGCUUUAUGGUUAUUUAAGAUUCACUAUAGUCAGUGAUACGCAAGCCGUGGUACUUGUAACGCCUGUACCAUGGUACUGCUAACGCGUGUACCUUGGUACUGGUAACGUUUUUACCACGACAGAGUAAUACUCCUGCACGUACGUCGUUUGUUUUGAUGCUCGCUAAGAAAACGUGAUUUCAUACGACAUUACGUGAUAGAAAACAUGCCUCAUAUUGCCAAAUUAAUUUAUGUCGCAAUAUUUGCCUUUAGUCUAUUUUAUUCAAAUUCACGAUUACAUAACUUAGUAAGUAACGGUCAGCGCAGACCCAAGAGCAACGAAAUCGAGCACUUUCUGAAAACAUUGAAUAUUUAUUAUUCAAUGAAGGAAAAUCACUCACAGAUCACUCACUCACAAACUCAGACUCACUUUAUUAUUACUCACUCACUUCACUCACUCUUUCACUUUAUUAUUCUUGAUUAAUAUUAUCAUAAAGCGCUUUUCUCCUUACCAAAUAUCACCUUAAGGCGCUUCGACGUCGACUCGACUUCGAGCCGGUGACGCGAGCAAUUUUUCGUUGUCGUACAAUAUUACAUUUUAUCUGAGAAAGUUAUCCAUGCACUUGUCUGCGCUUACCCUUUUGAUUUUUUUAUUGGUGAUAGGCUGAUAGCUAUAUAGUAGAUAGAUAGUAAAUGAAAAUAACACUGCCUUACUUAAUACAUGUUUAGUUAUAACUUAUACUUCGGUUAAGUAACAUUAACUGUAAAAGAUAGGUAUGCUAUUCGAUAUUUUGUCAUGGAAUAAGGAAUAAUACUAUGUACCAGCGGCUGAGCUAGGUUUACCUCACCCCCCGUCAAACAUAGUUUAGACUUGAAUCGUAUGGCGUCAGACGUCACACACACAGAUGCGCGUGUACGAUAACGUCAAUGUGUGGUGUAUGUGUAAAACGAGGUUGUUUAUAUGAAGUGUCCGGGGUGUGAUUUUGUUAUACAAUUUUAACAAGUAUUACAUACCAUGGUAUCACGCCUGUAUCUCCAACAGUGUAGGGGCAUAGUACAGUCAUGAGCAAUAUAAUGUACCCACUUUAGGACUCUGUCGCACUAACAUAUUUGACAUUUAGUGAGACUUACAGUUUAAUUUGUCAAAAAAGUUAAUGUGACAUGGUACCAAAGUGUAUGCAUAUUAAUGCUCGUGACCGUACAUGCACCUAUUCCUCGCCAGCUAUGUUAAAGUCCCAUGUAAUAGGGAGCGAGCCUAUUGCCAUUAAAUGAGCACGAAUCCUAGUAGCCACGUGAUGUAAAUUAUGUAUGAUCUAAACAUGAAUUCAAACUCAUAAAGUCGAAUUCAGUUAUUAAAGCACAUAAUAACGGGUUCUUACCGCGUUUAAAUGGGGAUAUGAGACUCCCGAUAUUUCGACACUGUUGUAAGUGCCAUGAUCACGGGAUGACCCGCUACUCAUAUCCCCAUUUAAACGCGGUAAGAACCCGUUAUAAUGUGCUUUAAUUAUGAUAAUAACCGCGUAAACUUAAAACAAUCGAAUUCAGUGGUUUCGAGCUCGAGCCAAAGUUCGAGACUUUGAUAUUACGAGAUGUAAGUGACAUUUCUCUAAACAGGGCUGUCACGGAUUUUAAGUAAGUAUUCACAUUUGAAACAACACGCCAAAGCUUCUUUGCGUGUCCCAAAAGCUGCCUUUUGGCUAACGUCAAUCAUUCCUUAAAUAAUUAAUAUUAUAUGAAUUUGUGUCGCUAUAAGAUAUGUAACGUUUACUUCUUCGAUUCCCCUAAGGAUAUAUUAGGUAAUUAUUGCUGGCAAUUAUGACAUUUUUUAAUGUCUACCCAUACAGGGUGUUAGUGACACCGUAACGAAAACUUUGGGGUGGUUAAGAAUAUGGUUGUGAGUUGAUAUCAAGUGGGAUUACCUGUCGGAAAAUUCAUGUCAAUUUUAGUGUUUCAUAUUAAGCUGCAUGGAAUCCAAAUUGAAUAUAAAAAAAGGAAAAAUGACAAACUCUUUAAUAAUCAUGAAUGUAUGUACGUAGUCUAGCGACAGGUCGCGUAGUUCGAUUUUCAAAUUUUUAAAAUUAAACAUUUUCGACAAAUAAAACUACCAUCAUUUUUAGUGCAAUCAAGUAGCCAUUCCAAUUUUUUUUUCUUAGGGUGUCACUAACGCCCUGUCUGUACGUUCUUUUCUUUUCUUCGCUUCUCCCUAAGAAUUACAGGUUUAUUACUGGCAAUUACGAUAUUUUUUUUAAUAUCUACCUAUGUAAAUCGUCUAGCGAGCAUCAAAGCGAAUUAACCAAUGCUCAAAAAGCAUAAGUUUUGUAUUUAAAACUAGGUAAUAAAUGAAUUAUGUUAAAAGUACUUUUAUGUCCCGCAAUUCACAUACUUUGUCGGUAUAUUUAUUAUGAAAAGGAUCGCAAAAGAUUUGACACGAAUUCUGUGGAUUGCGUUGCCGAUCAUAUCAGAUGUAGAUAGGUUUGGUGUUGAUUUUAAUUAAUAAAAUUGUUAAAUUUGUA